CGAAAAUCGAAGCACCUGAUUAUCACCGUUAAAAUAGAGUUUUUGUUCCACCGCAGAUCCUUCUUUCUCCUAGCCCAUGUAGAUUCAAUUAAGAGCUGCUUGAAACGAUAAUCCCUCGUUGUUUCGGCUACAUGGAAGGGGGAUGGCCUGGAUUGAACAACAGUGCUAUGGAAUUUUUCAAUAGCACGGCCGUGAUGGAGGCGUUCGUCGACGUCUUGGUCUGCGCGGUGCCGAUUUGGGUGGCGGUCAUGAUCGGAUUGCUGAUCGGCUGGUCGUGGCGCCCGCGGUGGUCCGGAUUGAUCUUCCUCGGCCUCCGAUCUAAGCUCCGGUAUGUUUGGACCCUGCCGCCGGGGCUCGGUGCGCGCCGCUUCUGGCUCGCCUUCACGGCGCUCUCCGCAUUCUCGCUUUGCCGCGGCCUCUGGUUUCGAUCCCGUGGAGUGAGCGGGAAGGUGGACAAGUCUUCGGCAGAUUCAGCGUCUGAUUCCGCUCAGGAGUCGGUUGAUAAUGGUAGCUGCGGUGAUAUGAGUAGGCACCUAACUGGAGCUCCAGAUGGAGAAUCGAAUGUUGUCAUAGAAAAAGACUUGGAGCACCUUUUAAAGCUUCUUAAUGUGAAAACUGGAGACAUGGCAUGGCAAAACAUGAUGGAGCGUUCCACAACAAACAUGCAUUACCAAGCUUGGCGCCAUGAGCCUAUGAAUGGCCCAACAGUUUACCGAAGCAAAACCAUUUUUAAGGAUGCAACUCCAGAGCUUGUCAGAGAUUUUUUCUGGGAUGAUGAGUUUCGGCCUAAAUGGGAUCCUAUGCUCGCAUGUGUCAAUAUACUGGAAGAAUGCCCUAUUACGGGGAUGAUGACUAUGCACUGGAUUAAGAAGUUCCCUUUCUUCUGCAGCGAUCGAGAAUAUAUCAUUGGGAGGAAAAUAUGGGAACAAGGAAACACAUAUUAUUGUGUGACAAAGGGAGUACCAUAUGCAGCUUUGCCAAGGCGUGACAAACCUAAGCGUGUCGAUCUAUAUUUUUCGAGCUGGGUUAUCAAGCCUGUUCAAUCGCGUAAAGAUGGCCAUACAUCAGCAUGCGAGGUCACACUCAUUCACUAUGAAGACAUGGGGAUCCCAAAAGACGUUGCUAAGCUAGGCAUUCGUCACGGGAUGUGGGGAACUGUGAAGAAGCUACAUGCUGGCUUUCGAGCAUACCAGAAUGCUAGAAAGCAAGAGUCAUCAUCCCUAACCAGGUGUGCUAUCAUGGCCAGAACAAGCACGAAAAUCUCGUGCAAGGAAGGAAAUGAUCCUAAGGAGCAAGAACCCGACGAACGACAGCAAAGUGAGCUGGCAGGAGUGGACAUGCAGAGAGGUGGCGGUGGAAUCGAUUGGAAGUGGGUAGCAAUAGGUGGAACAUUGGCUGUUGUUUGUGGACUGAAAACAGGUCUGAUUGGUAAAGCGUUGGUGAUUGGAGGAGCAGGGCACAGGAUUGCUACAAGACGAGGCAAUGGAAGGCGAUAGUCGGGUGAAAAGAGGCUUUAGAAUUGAGUAAUGCAGCUAUAAGAGAUGUACCCUUUGCCAUUGCAUAUUGAUUAUUGCUCUAGGUUUGGAUGUUCCACGCCUUGUCCAGAUCCUAGUCAUGGCUUUCCUCGAUGUACUCGAAUAUUUCUGGCUAUAACAUCAUAAUUAUGUGUUCUCCUUUUUCUUUA